CUAUAAACGUGUAUAUAAAAAUGAUUUUUCAAGCGAGACUAAUCUGUACGAAUGCAUAGAUUUCAAUAGAUUUUUCCUUUUCGCGGGUAAAAACACGAGCCAAUGGGAUGACUCGUUCGUGAUGACGUCAUCGAAGAGUAGAUUCCUAUGCUAUUUAAAAGUGAUCGCGCGCGUACGCACACGAGUUUAACGCGAGCACUAUAAUUUACAUGAAAGCGAAUUUAAGAUCGAUCUCGUUACAUUACUAUCUUCGAUAUAAAUCGUCGACCAAUCGUCGAUCGUAUUGAGAACCGUAUCGAUCUUUUUCUUAUCGCUUUCGUUCGAUGUAACAUGGCCGUUAGGUCGGUCUCGACUCGUUUAACGCGUUUCGUUUUUCAAAGUAUAACUUCGUAAAACCUCGUGAGACUUCGUUUCGGUAGAGCCAAUCGGAAGUUGGCGUGUCUAAGCAGGUGUUUUCGCGUAAUAAUACUCAUGCUAAUCGGAGCAGCCGAAUUUUCGGUUAAAGUAGUCCUCGUCAGUCCCUCGUCCGGUCGUUAUACGUACACACAAAUAGAUUCGAAUACGUUAAUUUCGGUUCGUCCAAACGAGAAUAUUCGAAUUCGUGGACUACUUUUCAACUGUAUCUUGUAAAAGAACGAAAAGAGAAACAAAGGAAACUUGUUUUUGAUUAAUCGAAUAAAAAAAAAAACCGUCGAAGAAGCGAGUUUUAAUUUCGAGAAAAGAAAACAUUCGAUGUAUGUUUGUUAAUUUCUUCAGGGACGCACCGGCACGCACACGUAAACUUAUUAGUUCGUUUCAUUGAGUUUCGAUAUUUCUUUAGAAAAGAAUAAAAAAGAGAAAAGGAAGAACAAGGAAAAGAUGAAGAUACGACGAAUUUUUGUUCGUUGUAAAAGAAUACUUUUACGUUUUACCUUGAAUUAAGGUUAAGAUUGUACAUAUGGAAAAGUUCAUAUUUCUGUUAUUUGAUAAAAAGAAUUAUAUACAUAGCUAUGAUAAAAAAGUAUAUUAGAUUUCAAUAAUACGUAUUGAAUCUGGAUAGACAUAGCGAUAUUAACAAUAUUUUACUAGAAAUUAUUAGAAUUACGCGUGCGUGUCGAGUGUUCGUCUAAAGAGGUUAAGGUAUGAAGAAAAAUAAAAAUAAUAGAAAAAUGUCGUAAAUGGGAAAUAACAAGGAUUGAAGAAAUUCAUUCCGAUAGGGUAAAAGAGUUGUUAGCAGGGUUCGAACGGAUCGAGAUCGGCGGGAAUCGAGCGGCAAGUAUACUCACCGCGUAUACUUCAUAGUAGUAGUCGCUCGUCGGAAAGCCGCGAACGUUGUGCUCGGCUCGGUGCCACUUGUAGUUCGAUGUCGGAGAGCGUUCCGAGUUGACCGCGCGCGCGCGCGCAACAUACAGCAGACGUUUUCUUACCUGCCAGUCUCGGACUCUCCUUUGCCUCUUUUAUAUCUACGAUUUUCGUGAGGAAGGAUAGAAUGCGAAGGAUACCAUGAACGUACCCAUCGUGUCAGGCGACAUCGUAGACGAUGAAGAUUACAAGCCACGUUUCGUCAGGGGGUCAGAUCCGAGGGUCGCGACUUGCAGAGGAAAAUUGCAGAAUAAACGAAGCAAAUUGAAUCAGGAGAUAAACAAGGAGCUUCGAUUGCGCGCAGGCGCAGAAAAUCUUUUCAAAGCGACGACGAACAGGAAACUCAAGGAGACCGUAGCUUUGGAAUUGAGCUUCGUUAAUUCGAACUUGCAGCUGUUGAAAGAACAGUUGGCAGAACUGAAUAGCUCGGUGGAACUCUAUCAGAAUGUCGACGGAGAGGAUCCUGUGAUGCCAAUGAUACCUUUGGGUUUAAAAGAAACCAAGGAUAUAGAUUUUCGCGAUCCAUUCAAAGACUUUAUCCUAGAGCACUAUAGCGAAGAUGGUGAGAAUUACGAAGAAGCUAUUGCCGAACUUAUGGAAACGAGACAGGCAACGAGAACACCGACAAGAGACGCAGCAGGUAUAGCCCUGCUUUUGCGUUACUAUAAUCAGCUUUACUUCAUCGAAAGACGCUUUUUUCCACCUGACAGAAGUCUCGGUAUACAUUUCGAAUGGUUCGAUUCUUUGACUGGCGUACCGAGUCGUCAACGCACUGUGGCAUUUGAAAAGGCAUCGAUUCUGUUCAAUGCUGGUGCACUUUACACACAAUUGGCCGCUAAACAAGACAGACACUCCGCUCGUGGCUUGGAUCAAGCCGUCGAUGCUUUUCUUAGAGCCGCUGGAACAUUUCGAUAUAUUCACGAAAACUUUACCAAUGCACCGAGCAUGGAUCUUGGACCUGACAUGCUUGAAAUGCUCGUCCAAUUAAUGCUGGCACAAGCGAGGGAAUGUCUCUUCGAGAAAUUGGAACUUCAAUCGAGAGAAGGGAGAACGAUCGAUAUUUCCUUGGACUUAGCUCAAGAAGCUGCACAAGUUGCCGCUGUUUACAACGACGUUCACGCCCUGAUAUCUCGGGAACCAGUUCGUGAUUAUGUCCCAGAAACUUGGAUUUCUUUGAUAUUGGUUAAACGCGAACAUCAUUUAGCACUAGCUCACAAACAUCUCGCUGCUGGUUUGCUAGAUAGACCGAUCGCGGAUUUUCGAGUGGAAACGAAACUCACAUUGGAACAUAUUCAAAAGAGCGAUGGGAAAACGCAAUUGGAAGUAACCGUGCCUAGAGACGAUAACGAAAGAAAACUUUUAGGGAAAGCACAUUUAAGGGAAGCUCUGGUUUUGCACGAGGAAAGCCAACGGCUGCAAAGAAUGUGCAGAGAAUUGAAAGGCAAACAGGCGCUGGCGAAAGUCUUGAAAAAAGGACACGAAGCUACGCUCGAUAUGUAUAAUAAAAUCGGUGACGAAGAUGAUUUUCGGGAACUAUUAGAUCCCCCGGAUAUCAUCGCGUCUACUAAAUUUCAACUGAGCAUCACCCAUCCGGAUUUUGGUCAACACGGAGUCGAAGAUCUAUUUAGAUCAUUAGGACCCGUAGCUAUAUUUUCUGCAAAAAGGCAUUGGACCGCACCGAGAAACGUUCAACUUCAAAGAGGACCAGAUGGUGAAGGUUUCGGAUUUAGCGUGCGCGGAGAUUCGCCAGUAAUCAUAGCUGCCGUAGAUCAUAAUUCUUUAGCUGAAAUGGCUGGUAUGAAGGAAAGUGACUUUAUAGUCGGUAUAGGUGACAAGGACGUUAAAUGGGCUUCUCAUGAACAGGCUGUAAGGUUGAUAAAACAAUGUGGUGACUUUAUUAACCUAAAACUGGUCACACCAAUGGAUAGAAAUUACAUGAAGAAACCCGGAAAACCGAGUCAACAUGACAAAGGAAGCGUUUCAGCGAGCAGUUCAUCGGGAGUGUCUUCUGGUCAACCCAGUCCGGCUGGUUCGGUUACAACCGCUCACGUUACAAGGAGAUUACCAUGGAAUCCUUUUAAAAAAUCGGUUAAUCAACGAGAUAGCAGGGAUCUUACCUUUGACAACGUUAUUUUGAGAUGAUCGUUGAGAAAUCAGAAAUCACCUUUAAGGGCACGUAGAGUGAAUCAACUUUUAGUUGCGUGCCUCGCAUCCGGUAGUAAGGUACCUUCGUGUGUAUUUAUGUACGACGCAAAGAGAAUAAAUAAUCGGGUAUACGUAGAUUAGAUCGGAUUGUAUCUUUAUAAAAAUGUAUAUAUAUAUAUAUAUAUAUAUAUAUAUAUAUAUAUAUAAUGCAUUUUUAUAAUCCGAUCUUCUGUCUUUUCAUCACGAACGUUUGCAUUUUUCCAUUUUGUGUCUUCAACGUAAACUCGAUGGAUUUGUAUUAUAAUUAUCGUUUAGAGCGAAAUAAAAGAGCUUACGCGUUGGGAAAAUGUAAACGUCAAAUUGUAAAAUGUGUGCAGUUUAUUGUCGAUCAUACAUAUCGUUUUAAACGUUUCAAAGUAAGUAGGUAUGUAUAUUGAUUCGUUAUUAUAAUCUCAUGUAUAGAUACGUGCUACAAAGAUAAUAGGUAUAUAUAUAUAUAUAUAUAUAUAUAUAUAUAUAUAUAUAUAUAUGUAUACCAUGCCAAUGUUUGUCAUUUCACGCGAUCGUAAAUUUAAUAUAUAAGCUAUACAUUACCUUCUCAUUCGUCUAAUGAUUACAAUUAAUUAAUUGUUUCAAAACAAUAUCAGCGAUUAUGUAAAUAGAGAGAAAGAAAGAGAAAGAGAGAAUGAGAGAGAAUGAGAGAGUGAUGUCACGAUUUAACGUGUUCCCAUGAAUAUUCUACAUAUUACAAAUUUCAUCGUCCGCAUAGAGACACUUAUAAUGAGCAAAAAUCGAAAACAUAAUAAUUGAAUCAUCAUUGGCUCGUAGAAUCUCUUUUUUGUAAAUUUUCUAUCUGUUCUUUCGUACGUACUGUAAUAUAAACCGAAUAAAAAUAUCUUCGAUUAAUAAA